CCGGACACAACGAUAUGCUGCUGCAAUAUGCCCGCGGCGCGCUGCGCGGUGUGUGGAACUGGUUCUUUGAGACCCCCAACUGCCUCUUCCAGCUGUUGUAUGUAUCCUUGCUCGUAUCAUGCUACUACUGCCUUGUCACCGAAGUGUGGCCUUCCGUUGGCAUUGUGGACAAACUCAUGUCGGCUGUAUUCGGCGUCCUGGCAUUGGAGCUGUUCGUCGUCGUGUCAUUCAUUGAUCCAGGCCGCAUCACGCGCGACAACGUGAACCACUUCAAGCGGUAUCCGUCCCAUAAUGUGCUCUAUCCUGCGGGCAAGACAUGCUCCACGUGCCACACUCUCAAGAUUCCUCGGUCCAAGCACUGCCGCGUAUGCAACCACUGCGUCGCCCGCUUUGACCACCACUGCAUUUGGGUCAACACAUGCGUGGCAGUCCACAACUACGGAGCGUUCUUUGGCUUUCUGGUCGUGAAUACGAUGGGUGCGGCGCAUUUGCUGUACUUGACCAUGCGCAGUUUUGUGUUGAAAGUCGACGCUGUCCUUGGUCCAUCGUCGUCGGCGCGGUCUGUGGACGAUGUCAAGCAGCUCCUCACAGAACUCCUUUCCGUGAAGCCAGGACUUACCUUUGUCGCUUCUAUGAGUGCCAUGGUGUGGUUCCUCGUCAGCUGCUUGAUGGGGUGCCAGCUCAGCCGGGUGUAUCGCAACUGCACGACCAACGAACAUUUCAAACGACAAGACCUCCAUGCUUCCCUGUGUUUGUCUGCUGGUGAUGACAAUAAUGGACGAGAUAGCGAUGCCCACCGUCCCAUUCACCUGGACCUGGCGUGGGGAGUCCUCGACCUUCCAUCCCCCCCUUCUCCAUCUCGUCCUUUUCGGCGCGCCGCGCCUAAACUGUCGGCUGAAGCUAUUGACUGGAAUCCGUACGAUGUUGGGCUUGUAAACAAUAUGCGAGAUGCGCUGUAUCCGUCGUCGAUAAAGCUAGACUAAACUGUUAAAACUGUUGUCGAUAUACCAU